AUGUUUUUUGCGGUCUGCCUCAGCCACGCUAUAUGCGAUGGACACUGCAACUGUAAUGUUACGUUUGCCGUACUUUCGGCAGUAAAGAUCGCCACACUGCUCCCCUCAAACAUUUUAGAAGCCCUACUUAAACUCAGGAGCCUCCUAGCUGGUGACCCAUGUAGUGGACAGUUAACUGCGACUAAGGGAUGGAUACUGCGGAAUGAUCUGGACCAGGAUCACUUUAACCAGGAGUUCCAGGAUGCCAUAGAUGUCAUCCAGCGGCACUCCAGCGAGCUGCAGUUUGAGCCAGAGUACAAAUACUUUGAGACGCUGGGAGCUCAGGGUUCAGCCAGACAGCCUGGUGGUCCCUGCUACCCCCUGAAUCCCGGCCCCAGCGCACCAGGGUCCGCGUACGACUGGAGAGAGCAGCUUCCCCAGCCCUGGGACUGCACUGUUCCGGAGACCUCCAAUUCUUCUUCCACACCCUGUGAAGCCCCUCAGAUUUACCCAGUGUUUCCCUCACAGCGGAAUGGGAAAGGUCGGAAGAAGCUUCGACUUUAUGAAUACCUGCACGAGGCUCUGCAUGAUGCCAGCAUGGCCGACUCCAUCCAGUGGGCUGACCGGAGCAACGGCACUUUCCACUUUGUGUCGAAGAACAAGGAGAGGCUAGCGGAGAGCUGGGGCAAGCGCAAGGGCAACCGCAAGACCAUGACCUACCAGAAGAUGGCGCGCGCCCUGCGGAACUACAGCCGCACCGGCGAGAUUGUCAAGAUCCGCCGCAAGCUCACCUACCAGUUCAACCCCCUGAUCUUGCAGCGAUUGAGCUCGGGCCACACGCAGUGCCACGCCCCUGGCCACGCCCCCGCUCAUCCCCCACGAGAUGUGUCUCACCACCAGUGCGCCCCCACUGAGCAGGUCUACUAUGAUGCUCUGCCACCAGACUGGCACAGCUGGUAUGGACACUAUCCCUGUGACAAUGACUAUGAUGUCACGCUCAGGCUGAGCUAAAGUGGUCAAAACAUAGAAAUGCUGAACGCCUAGUAAGAACAAUACUAACCAUGUAAAUUUCUCUGAGAAAACAAUGCCUUAAAUGGUGAACUAUUACUGAAGCCGUAAUCCGAGGUUCUUUGUUCUCCAGUCCCUAUUUCUGUGCUCACUGCAGACCAAUGCUCAUGUCUAUCCAUGCUCCACUCGAAAUGUCCCUCUUUUAUCAGGCUAUAAUUUAAUUUCUCCUGUCCUUCAUAAAUGAUAUGUUUUGAUGUAUAGUGUGUUGCAAUGGCUUCCUGUAACGCUGUGACCUUCCCGAUAUUCACCGCAGUGGCAAAAUCCUACCAAAGCUUUGUAAAUACAGGUUAAUUUUGUGUCUUAUUAUUUUGCAAGAAUAAAAGCUCUUUGGUUUGUAUCUUGGGGACAUGUGGCACUUUGAUAAACUCUAACUCUAUUUUAUUAUCAUUUUUUAUUAGUCAGUUAUCAUUGUUCUCUUUGUUAUUUGCCUCCAAGGCAAUAUAAGCUUCUCGCGUUUAGGAAAGCCAGAGAACGUGCUGUCGCUCUAUAAAUGCGGAGAUUUCUGUGUUUUUUUUCCCCCUGUUUGUCUUUUGAGGAUGUACUCCAUAUUUUUGAAUCUAUGAAUAGAAUGUAUUUUUGGAGAAAAAUAAUAAAAUGAUUUACACUAAA